GACGUAAUGCGCGUGCCGAACGCAACCAGGAAAUAAAAGUAAACAAGGCAGAGGGAGACGAAAAUACUUUGUAGCGAAGGAUCCAUAUCCCGAGAAGAACCCAGUCAGAGGCGGACUGGAAACCGAUUUAGCUAUGUUAGCCAUCAGAUCGUCGGAGGAGGAGUCCACUGAGAUGGAGGAGAUGGACACCUCGGAGCCCAACUGGUGCUGGUUCUACCUCGCUGAGUGUGGAGUGUGGCAUAUGUUUGAGAUUGAUCCCAGUGCAGCCUGCUCUGUGACAAGUGCUCAGAUCGAGCAGUGCUACAACAGAAACCAGCGAGGCGUCAUGGAGUUCUACACGGCCAAGUACACCUACAGACUGGACUUCUCAGUGAUGCGGCAGAUAAAUGUAACGACAGGGAAGCAGCGGCCGAUCAAACGCUCCCUCCACUCUGCGACUGGCUUUAGGUUUAUUUGUGAUAAUCCGGCCUUGCCUGUUCCAUGUCACUGGGAGAGAAUCAAUACAGAUGAGCCCUAUCAGAUCAUCCAGCUUGGAAGAGACACCUACGAGUUUAAAGAGGUCGCCAGACUGUACGAACGGACGAUGGAUCAUCCGAUCAAAUCCAUCCAGAGGAUUCAGAACCUGGACUUAUGGGAAUUCUUCUGCAGGAAGAAAACACAGUUGCGAAAAGUGAAGCGCACAUUGGAUAUUGAGGAGCGAAUGCUGUUUCAUGGCACAGGACACAGCAACAUACAAGCUAUAUGUACUUUUAACUUUGACUGGCGGCUCACAGGAAGCCAUGGCGAUGUCUAUGGGAAAGGGAGCUACUUCGCCCGGGAUGCUAAAUACUCCAGUAAAUUCUGUCACACCACAGGGAAGCACAACACCACCCUGCAGAGACACGGCCUCGCCCCUCCAAUAUUUGCUAGUGAGCCGCCCUACAAGUCCAUGUUCCUGGCCAGAGUUCUUGUCGGAGAAUACACAGUCGGUCAUCCCAUGUACUGCAGGCCGCCCUCCAAGGACACCAGCUUCACCAGCUUUUACGACAGUUGUGUGGACGACAUGGCCAAUCCAAAGAUUUAUGUCAUUUUUGACAGCAAUCAGAUUUACCCAGAGUAUCUGAUUGAGUUCUACUGAGGCCCAACAACAAGGCAAGUCUGAUCCAGAGCCGAACAGGAGCAUGGCUCAUCUAUAAAGUGCCUUUGGAGAAACUGGGAAAACGAAGACAAUAAAGACUCUGUGUACAGUUUGUGUACUGUACAGUGUAUUCUGGAGCGGGCACUUGUGGUCGGAAUGUUUCUGCAGUGUAAAAAGAUAUUUAAAGAUGGUUUUUUGGGGGAGGGCAUUUUAGCCUUUAAUCGAUAGGGCAGACAAGUGUGAAAGGGGGAGAGAGAGGCUGGAGUUGAACCCGGGCCGCUGCGGCAACAGCCUUGUACUCGGGGCGCUUCCUCUAUCCACUAAGCCACCGACGCCCCUCUGCAGUGUAAAAAGGAUGAAAUUACUGAUGUGAGAUCAGUCAUUGUGGCAGUUUUGUAUUAGAUGCAGAAAAACGUGCUUGCUUCUUCAAUAUCUGUGCACAGUUUAAAAUAAGAGAGGCACUUGCAGCCUGUAGGUCAGUGAUACUCAACUUACGGGGGCCAAAUCUUGCUCGCAGUAGGGUCCUGGGCAGCCCGCCAACCAUUUUCUAAUUCACUGUAACACAGUGUUAAUUUCGUUAAAGAACACUAUGACAAAAAAGAGUUUGUCAACAAGAGACACUGACAAGCUAAAAAUAGAUCAUAAAAACAAUGACGAAACAUAUGAUUAAUUUUCUUCGAUGAGACAAGACGGGACAAAAAUGUUAGUGGUAUACUAUCGGACAUUCGAAAUUAGAAAAGAGGAGAAUAAAUGACCAGUUUUUUCAAUGAAAUUUCAUAGAAAAAUGUUUUAAACUAGGAAGCCAAGAACGGCAGUACUUGCAUUUUCAUAAUGCGAUAUGAGCGAUGUGAGGUCGGAGCGCCUAUAUGUCAGCAAACUCAAACUAAAUAGUCAGUGCUAGAAUAGAGUAGAAUAGAAGUCCUUCAUUAUCAUUGUACCAGUACAAUGAAAUUUAAAAGCUACAGCUGUACACGGUGCGAGUUAAAAGGAACAACUGUGACAACCCAGAUUAAUACCUUCAUACCUUCAUCAGAGUUUUGAGCUGUAAUUCGGCAGUAAACAAGCAGCUGUAUGUGUCGGAUUGUGGAUGAUGGAGCUGUUGAAUAGAUUUGUGGAGUUUGUAAGUUGCAGUGGUGGCUGUUAGCAGCUAGCUCCGCUUGUUUCAGGGUGAAAUGAAGUUAUUUUUCUGCCUCUUAAAAGUGGGAUUAAUAUGUCUGAGUUUAUGAUGAAUCUUGGAACAAAUCCUAGUUGUCACGUUUGUGAUCUCAAAGUUUUUGAGACCAUAAAUAGACAGAUGUUGAGCUUUUUUAAUGGUGAUCAGUAAGUGUGUGCAGAUAAAUCAUCCCUUAAACCUGUCAAAAACUCUGCCGGGGGAAUGCAAGUUUGUAAAUGUGAAGAAAUUAUUUGUAGUUGCAGAAAAAAAGUCUAAAUUUUAAGACAUGAUACAACCUGUCACCUUGAUUCCAGUUUCUGAUACCUGUAUUAGGGCUGGGCGAUAUAAGAUAAGAUAAACUUUAUUGUCCCAAGCGGGAAAUUUGUCUUUGGCACAUAGUUACAACCAUCAUAUACAACAAGACACACAGAAGACAACCAUGUAGUACGCAAGGCGCAGAUUUGAAUAACAUAAUAGUGCAAUUAUUACUGUACGAUAUAUCGAUACAUUUUCAAGCAAGAUAUUGAUUUAGACAACACUGUUUAUAUUGAUAUAGGCUCAAGCUGCGUUACAUAACGCAUACUAGUGAGCAUCUCGCCUCUCUCAUACUGUCCACACAGCUCCGCCCCACUCACUCACUCACUCACUCACUCACUCAUUAACUCCUCUGUUUAAUCUGUCUGUUAGUCCACAGUGUGACAUCGGUCUGUAUGUUGCACAUGCUACACUAAAUCAGUCUGUGAGAUGUGGAAAACGACUUUUUAACUCCUUCCACAAAGUGUUUUUAAUUGUUUCAAACCUACUUGAUACGUUUUUACUCAUGUUAUAGUUUUGUUUCCUAUGUUGCAAACCUUUAAACCUCUGUAGCUCCAGUGCUGUGUGCAAAAACGUUAACUGUACAGCCCCGCUAUUUAUUUGAUAUAAUUUUUCAUUUACAUGUUGUGCAGCUGUAUAUUUUAAAACAGGGGAAAAAUCCCUGUCUUUGAAUUUUAUUUAGAUCGCAGUCUGUUUUUAUAAAAGUGCUUGUGACAUCUGAAAUGUGGCUUUGACUUCCAGCUGAAAACAUGUUGCCCAUUUCGUAGAAAAUACCGAGAUAUACAUCGUGUAUCACCAGUCAGCCUGUAAAUACCGAGAUAUGAAUUUUUGUCCAUAUCGCCCAGCCCUAACCUGUAUUAGCCCAGGUAUGAAGGAUAAAAAUGACUAAAAUGUGACUUAAACUAAUUCGCAUUUUCAUCUCAAGUGAAGACCAAAUCUAAAGUAGCUGCCAAAAUUAACACUGCAAUUCAAAUACUGGGAAUUCUUCUCUUACUUUAAAUGUAAAUAAGGUGUAUGAGUGCAUCAAAAUGGAGCCUGUUCAUAACAACUCUUCAGAAAGCGGCCCCGGGCAAAUCAAGUUGAGUAUCCCUGCUGUAGGUUACAGGUGGUGUCCUGCCAUCGGCCACAGCCCCUCCUCCACAUCCACAGUGCCACGCAUGAGCUUAUUUACAAGUCAUGUAGACAUUAUUCCAAAGGACGAAACCAAAAACCACAAGACGUUCCUGCUCACUCAUUCAGCACCGUGACCCGUCAGUUAGUCACAUCAACAUAUCUGUGUGUACCUAGUACAAUGUAUUACGUAGGCAUGGAUUAGUUUUUUUGUUUUUAUUCAGAAAAACGCUUCUACCUCUGCAUUAUUUUUAACCAUGCAUCAGUGCACUUUCCCCCCUUUCCAUGAAAGGUUCUGUAACUGUGUCACAAUGACAUAAAGUCGUGAUGUCUUGUGGUCCUUGAGCAAUAUGUUUCUGUGUAUCUUUUCUGAACAUUGACUUCAAACUUGAGAAAACUUGACAGCGGCUGGAGUUGGGUUUUGUGGGUGUUUGCAGCCGAGUUCAUUCCAAAGCAAAAGUAGAUCAGUUCAUUCGACUUAAAAGAAUACUUGACCCGCAAAAUGACCAUUUGUAUAUCAGUUACUUCCUGUGUGUUACGUGGAAUAUGUGAAGAAAGCUUUUAUUUCUCUGGCAUGUUUCCAUGGUGAACGGAGAAUCCAAAAAAGGUGAACAUUCUUUAGAAAUUAAAGUCAUUGGGAACCUAAAACAUCACUUCAGUCAGGAACACUUUAGUCAACAAAAACUUUUUUUCCAUUUGCAGAAUUAUAUUUGGCGGUAUGGCUCUGUUCUGGGGCCCCUUUGCCUUUCCUCAGGCCUAUGUAGAAAGCCUCUUCUACGCACUUACAUGGAAAGCCUAAGGCAGGGAGAGCACACCUCCCUGCCUUAGGCUUUCCAUGUAGGCGCAUGGAAGGGCAGGGAGGUGUGCUCUCCCUGUCCUUCCAUGCGCCUACAUGGAAAGCCUAAGGCAGGGAGAGCAGCAGCAAAGACCCCCCUGGGAACAGAACAGAGCAGCAUCAGUGACAAACAGAAAUGACAUUGAUAAGUCAGACACAUCAUGAAAAGGAGGAGUUGGGGUGGAGGGAGUGCAGUUAGUUACAGUGUGGGCUCCAUGCUUACUCCGACAGCUUGUUGGACCAUCACAAAGAGGCGGGGCUUAGCGAAAGAUCAACUGAUAAACAAAUGGUCAUUAUGCAUUUUGUGAAGCAUUCCUUUAUAACCAUCUGAGUGUGAUGUCACCACCUGCGAACACGUUUCUUUGAGGAAUAAGCAGGUUUUCUUUGCACCUGGUGUAAAUUUAUAAUUAAAAAAUGAAUGUAGCCAGCACAUGUACAGUACUGUUAUAAAAAUUAGCCACAAAAUGUAAUAUUGCAUUGCUGUGUGCAUUUGUUGAAUUCACUGAAUGACUGUGUGUGCGUGUGUUCAAGCAAAAGGAUUCAGAGCAUUGUAUUUGCCACAAGGUGGCGUAACAGUACAAGAUCUUAAGCUUGCAUUUCCUCAUAGUAAAUGCAGACAAGUGAAGACACUAUCUGAUGUCUUUAUCACGGCUGUGUGUGAGUGAGUGUUGGGGUGUGUGAAGCUAUAUGUGUGUGUCUGUAAUCUGCACGUUACAACUAAUAAACUUUUCAAAUUAAGCGCAUUAUUUCUUUUUGAAAACAUUUCAGAGACUGAUGGGAAACUUUCUUAUGCAAUUCCUUUUUCUUUGAAGUGAGGAAAGCCAGCCUACCUCAGGGGUGUGGCUAUUAAUGACAUCUCAUUCAUUCAAGAGUCAGUGCAUCAGUGUCAACUUUAAUAGAUACCUGAGGGAAACCAGAGAGAAUACAGCCAGUUUUAGAACUUACUUAUUUAGCUUUUGUUGUGAUAUCUAUUUAAAUUGUGUCAGGACAAUGUGGUACAGUAAAGACAUGGAGUUUAUGGACACAUCGGACACCCCGUGGUUUUGGUAUUUCCUGGCAGAUUGUGGAAGAUGGCACAAAUUUGAGGAUGACCCCAAUAACCCCCUCAGAAGUGAGGAUAUUGAAAACUAUUACCAAAGAAACCCAAAAGCGGUGGUUAAUACAUCUUCAUGCAACCAUCACAGCAGGAUCGAUUUCUCAG